UGCGGGGGCUCCCUGCCUCCCUUCUGCUUUUUUUUGUCAUCGCUUUGGCGGUGUUAUUUCUGUCCUUUAUAUGUUCUCCUUCCUAAAGCGAAUUGCUGUCUUCCUGCCUUUGUCCAGCGGCCGCAGUUACUUUCCUCUCUGCUUCCUGAGUAUCUUCCCGUAGUUGAUCGCGUUGUGUUUGGGCAUAUGACUCAUUUCGGCUCAUCAGUGUCUAUAAGUAUCUGAAGAGAGGGUGCCAGGGGGAUGGAUCCGGGCUCUUUUCGGGAGUACCAAAAUGAAUAUGAGGAACAACUGUGGGUGACCGAGCACUGGAACAGGUUGACCAUAGAGGCUGUGGAGUCUCCCUCAUUGGAGAUAAUGAGAAACCGUCUGGACGCAAUCCUGUGCAACGUGUUCUACGAUGACCCCGCUGGAACAGGGAGUUGGGACCAGAUGACCCUCUGUGGUCCCUCCUAGUCUGACGGAUUAUGUGAUUCUGUCGCUUUCCUAAAGCUUGCCUGUUUGCUUGGCUGGCAUAGAGUCUACAAUGCACACUUUUUGUCCCUGCAUGUAGUUUUUACCUAAUUAUGUAGUCCUAAAACAAGGUCAGAAGGAAUAACGUAUUGAAAUUGGAAUGCAUUAAUAGUCAUGACAUGCCAAAAAAGCCUUCAGUUUUCAGGUAUGGUGUAAAAAUAGAAACCUAAUUUAACCAUACAGAAAUAGGGAAAACUGCAAGCUACAAGGAAAAACCAUCUGAAUAUGAUACUCCAGUAUAUGCACUAUGUGAGGCUGAACUCAUCAAUGCAGAACCCACCAAGGCAGAACCCACCAGUGAACUUUGUCCUGUAGAUGCCAAGAAAGAACUCUUGAUGGAAUGUAACAAUAUUUGGGAGGAAUUGGAAGAGUGUCAAAGCAAGCUAAUGCUUCUAGGAAUAGAAACACUGCUACAAUCAGAUACCAAGCUUGCCUUGUUAAUGCUGCAAUGGAAAGCUUUAACAGUAGAUUAUCAAGAGUGCCAUGAGAGAAGUCCUGAAACAAUUUCUACCAAUCCAGAUGUAUUGUUAGAAUUAGGAAAAGAAGAGUUGCAGAAAGUAAAGAAUGAUCUUGAAAAGGUGCUAUCAGCAGUUUGUUCAAAGAAUAAACAACUAGAAGAAGAUCUGGAAAGAGAACAGCAGUGGUAUGAGGGACAGGAAGAGAUGCUAAAUACUCUUAACAGAAUUGAAGAAGAGACAAAAUCCCAAGUUGAACAACUUUACGAAACAAGAGGAUUGGAGGAACUGCACAAUAAAAUGUUGCAAUUAAAGACAUAUAAGAAAGAACUCUUGAGUGCACUGGGUGAAUUCCUGGAUGAACAUUUUCCCCUUCCACAGGAUAGUGGAAGUGCCAUAAAAAGGAACUCUUCUUCAGAGCCAGCUGUAGAACUGCUAGCAUUGCAAGACAUUUUAGAGAUUCUGAUAAAUAAAUUAAUGGCCACACCACAUGAACCUUAUGUGACAAUCAAUGAGUCGUUUUGGCCACCUUACAUUGAGCUGCUGCUGCGAUUUGGAAUGGCCCUGAGACAUCCAGAAGAUCCAAACAGAAUGCGCCUAGAAGCUUUUCACAAAUAGUGUGACCUACAUAUGUACUUAAAAACAAAACAACAGCAGUACUCUUAAUCCGGAGAUAGGAUAUACUUAGGCAUCAUAAUAGAUUUCUUUUAUAUCGUCAAUCACUUCUUGUUGGAUGAUUUUUAAUAUGUUAUUGAAGAGUGUGAAAUAUGGCAAAAGAAAAAAGUCUCUUGGAAAAAAAAAUCUUUUUAACUGCUUAACUUCUCAAUUUUACCUGCUUAAGUUGGUCUUCUGUUUUAUAACAAGAUUUGCAUUGUGGAAUUUUUAUUUCAGCUGCUUUUAUAAGACACAAAUUCAGGUAAUAGACAAUGUAAAGAUGUUUAACAGUCUUUUUUUACUUUAAAAAUCAUAUUUUAUAUAUGUUCUAUAUAUUCUAUGGUUUAGAUUUUUUAGAUUGCCUGAAGUCUUCUUAAUUUCCUUUAGUAUUUUGCUGUAUGCUGAAGAUGCAAAAUUCAGAGUAAUGCAGCUCCCCCUGUACAUGGCCUUGAAGAAAUUUGGAAAUAACAGAGAAGUGUCUGCUCAAGAAUGUGCCUUUGCAAACAAAUGUAUUGCCUUCGAGAUAAACAGUUGGGAAAGCUGAAACAUCUUUCUGUGCAAAGUGCUGCAGAGGUUGAGUGUGCAACUUUACCACUACGUGCUUCCCACAUGACCCAUAUUUUGUUAUGCUAUGUUUCCUAGCAGUAUCUGUCUUCGCUUUUUCAGACCUAGUUUAUCAAGGCUUGUAACAGGUCUCUCUUCUGUGGAUUGCUACAGCUUCUAAGUUCUGUCAGUUGAGGGCUUCCUUCUGACUCCAUGCUGUCAUUCUCUGUAAUCCUGGUCUUCUCUGUAGCUAUUGUUAUUGUGGACUUUGAGUACAACAAUUCUGCUUUUGCAUAUCUGUAGUGACUAUACACUUGAAAAUUAAAGUAUGUCUUUUAUUAA